CAGCUGUCAGACUUUGGCCAUUGCCAUCUAAAAGUGCAGGUUUUGUUAGCAAAGUAACGCGAACUCCACAACCCGCGUCGACUUUAUUAAAAGUUGUGCAUUCAUCUACUGAUCGAUCUUUGAACGUGUGAGCUGGUGAUUGAAGCGCUAUAAUUGCAUGAAGACGAACCAUUUAGUUUUAACCGCAGCUAGUUUUUGCACAAGCCUGAGCGGGUGUAACGUUAAGGCUUGAUGCAGGGAGGGAGGGAGUAAAAAAAGUCUUUGUGCUUCCCUUCCCCCUCAUCAAAGUAAAGGGGAAAUGUCUCUGUCUAAAGGAGGGAAGAAGAAGAACCCUGGGCUGAAGCUGGCCAAAGAAGUGUUUCUGCCGCCACAACCAGCAGCAGCAGCGCCACCUCGAGAUCUUGACUCGAAGGCUUGCGUCACAAUUGGAGAUCAGAACUUUGUGGUGAAGGCAGAUGACUUGGAGCAGAUUGAAGAGCUGGGGAGGGGAGCGUAUGGCGUGGUGGACAAGAUGAAACAUGUGCCCAGUGGUGUUAUUAUGGCUGUCAAGAGGAUUCGUGCCACAGUCAACACUCUGGAGCAGAAGAGGCUUCUGAUGGACCUGGACAUUUCCAUGAGGACGGUGGAUUGCUUCUUCACUGUGACCUUCUAUGGCGCCCUCUUCAGAGAGGGAGAUGUUUGGAUCUGUAUGGAGCUGAUGGACACGUCUCUGGAUAAGUUCUAUAAGAAGGUUAUUGAGAAAGGCAAAGAAAUCCCCGAAGACAUCUUGGGCAAGAUCACAGUAGCGAUUGUCAAGGCAUUAGAGCAUCUGCACAGUAACCUGUCAGUGAUACACAGAGAUGUGAAGCCCUCCAAUGUUCUGAUCAACACCGAGGGCCAAGUGAAAAUGUGUGACUUUGGCAUCAGUGGCCACCUGGUGGACUCCGUGGCCAAAACAAUAGAUGCAGGCUGCAAGCCCUACAUGGCGCCUGAGCGGAUCAACCCUGACCUCAGCCAGAAAGGCUACAGUGUCAAGUCAGACAUAUGGAGUCUUGGUAUCACGAUGAUCGAGCUGGCCAUUUUGAAAUUCCCCUACGAGUCAUGGGGCACCCCGUUCCAGCAGCUCAAGCAGGUGGUGGACGAGCCGUCUCCACAGUUGCCGGCCGACCGUUUCUCCUCAGAGUUUGUAGACUUCAUCUCCCAGUGCUUAAGAAAGAAGCCAAAUGAGAGACCAGCUUAUACAGAAUUAAUGCAACAUCCGUUUUUCACCCUGCAUGACUCCAAAGAGACAGACGUGGCCAGUUUUGUCAAGGUCAUCCUGGAUGACUGAUGGCCUCCCUCUGGGCACCACCCCGUCAGGGUAGGCGGGACCUCUCCGCAAAACAAACCAAUGGCCUACCUUUUUUUUUCUUUUUUUUUUUUUAUAAGUUCACUGGAAUGACAGACUCUCAUGCACCCCCACACACAACAGGGGGGUGACCCAAAGACUGACAACAGCCCAGCAGCACUGGAGUGGGAGAGUGGUUGUAAUAUGAACUUGUGGGGUCAAAAACCAACUGGAGAGGUUUAAUUCACUCCAUGCUUCCUGUGUGUGCGCAGUUAUUCAACAUGGCAAAAUAUGAACUGAACCGGAUUUGCUGUUUUUUGUCUUGUUCUUUUAAAAAAAAAUGUUGUUGCCCCACUGCCCCUUUUAUCUCUCUCUUCAGAGAGCGGACAGAGCCAGCCAUUAUUUCUUUGUGACAUAUAUUGUAUGAUUACUUUGAAUUUCAUCUGCAAAACCAACAGUUAAUGUGUAUGUUGUUGUGUAUUGAAAGCUAUAUUUGCAUAUGUGUUAGUUUACUCAUUAUACAGAGUUUUGAUACUGUGUAUUGUCGACAAGUGUGAAUUUUACCGGACUAGGGCCUUAUUUGUCAGAUCACAUCAGGUGAACAGUUUGACCUGGUUCUGUCCUGAGGCAAGUGGUCAGUGCAGGGCUGCUGCUGUUGUUGCAGGCCAUGGGAGGCUCCAGAGCUAAGACAAAACAUGCAAGAAAUAUCAAAAGGACACAUUUUGGAUGGAAGGAGAUGCAAGUCAUUCCUAGAUCUUGUGGUGGUGUGAGGCAAGAAUGGAAAGUGUCCAGUUUCAUCUGAACCGAAAUUGAUCCGAGCUGUAGCCCUUCAUGAAGUGACCCCUCCGUACUCUUCUUUCUCGGGUAUUAACGAGCUGGUUUCAGUGCUGCCAUUGUUACUACCUUAAAAGUUUUCAGGGGUUGCCUCAUCAAGCUCACAGCUUUAUCUUUCUGUGUGCCAUGUUGCAAGUUGUUCUCAUAAACUCCUGCAUUAAUUGUGUUUCUCUCUCUCUCUCUCUCUCUCUCUCUCUCUCUCUCUCUCUCUCUCUCUCUCUCUCUCUCUCUCUCUCUCUCUCUCUCUCUCUCUCUCUCUCUCUCUCUCUCUCUCUCUCUCUCUCUCUCUCUCUCUCUCUCUCUCUCUCUCUCUCUCUCUCUCUCUGUCUUCUACAUUAUGAUUUUCUUUUGGCUGCAUUUAAAUGUAUUUUUUUUCUCCCUUGGUCUACUUUUCUCAAUUUUGGAGUCAGCAUAGUCUUUUCAUACGAGGCACUUGUGUUUAUUUUUUUCCCCCCCAGAGACCUUUAUUAUGCAUUACACAGACAGUAUGUUACAGAAAUAAUUUAUGUGUUGAAGAUGUAAAUACUAUCUCCUCCUUUUUUAAUGUAACAUGGCACUGUCCUAACCUGGCAAUGCUGAUGAGUGGUAGAGUGGUUGGCAAUAGUUAGUUUUAUUGCAGUGUGACACACAAACAGACACUCGUACUCACAGUGCCAGCUGACUAUCAUUCACCUACUUUGAAGUGAUGUGCUGUCAGGCUCCACCGCUCAGGUUUCUGUGCUGUCCUUCAUGCGGAGACGGCCCCAUUUAUUUUUCCCUAGGUCGUACUCUACUUGAGUGCUGGGCAGAGAGCCUCUUUUUCAGUCCAUGGUGGGCAGCCAUCAAUUCUUCUGUCUGACCAUACUAUGCAGAGCCCCUUUGCCUUGGACACACAGCAGGAGGCCCUUGCCAUGUGGCAGUUUCCCCACUCCAAGUGUUCAGAGACUGUGACGAUAAUGGUGGUGGUGGUGGUGGUGUUGAUGGCGAUGAUGAUAGUGAUGAUGACUGCCAUGCUGUGUUUGUGGCUCAUCGCCCCUCUGGUUAACACUGUAGUGCAACCUUUAUCAAAAGUCAGCGGGUUAGGAGUAUUUAUGAUUGUGAAAAAUAAGGGAAAGCUAGCAACACCACAAAGAAGCUGCUGAUAUAUAUAUUUUUUUUCCUUACAUUUUUUUAGUCUGCCUUCUUUGGAUGGCCAUUCCCUUGGUGUGUAAAAGGAAGUAUUUACGCUGAUCACAAUGAGAACGGAACACUUUCUCUACCUCUUACUCCUUCACUCUAUUUGCCACCUUUUGGGUGGAACUGACAAACUUGAACUAUGGAAAGACAAAAAAAUAAAGGCUUUAUUGUUCAGUA